GGAGCAGGAGGAAGAGACGGUGGAAGCUUCGACACAGACCGGGACGCUCUCAGAGCCACACAGAGAGGAAGCAGGCGAGAUGAUGCGCCCGGCAGCUCAGCAGUACGUGGUGACCAGGCCGCUGUACUCGGAGGAGUCCUUCGCUCAGGACCAUGAAAAGAUCUACAGGCACCGCAAAACUAUGCUGGACCACAUCAAACAAUAUUUCACGUAUGAGGCGCCAGUCGCCCCAAACCCGCAGAUCUUCCAAGAAACAGCAGUGGAAGCGUUUCCUAUAGCCAUCGUGGGUUUUGCUGUGGCCUUCUCUGUGGCCAAAGUUUAUUCUAUAAAACAUGAUUACACCAUAGAUGGAAACCAGGAGCUGAUAGCCUUUGGAGUCAGCAACAUCUUUGGAGCUUCCUUCAGGUCUUUUGCAGCGAGUACAGCUCUUUCUAGGAGUGCAGUUCAGGAGAGCACAGGAGGGAAAACUCAGGUAGCUGGUUUACUGUCAGCUGUCAUAGUGAUGAUCGUCACAUUGGCUAUUGGAUUCCUACUGGAGCUCCUACCAAAGUCCGUGCUGGGCGCCGUGAUCAUCGUCAACCUGAAGGGCAGUCUGAUGCAGUUCAGAGAGAUCCCAUAUCUGUGGAGGAGGGACAAAGCCGACUGUGUGGUGUGGCUGGCUAGCUGCAUCGGUGCCCUCUUGCUGGGGCUGGAUCUGGGACUGGCUGCCGGCCUCGGUGUGGAGCUGAUCAGUGUCAUCCUCAGGACUCAGUUUCCUCGCUGCAGUCUGCUGGCCAACAUCAGGGGCACCGAUAUCUACAAAGACCGAAAGGACUACAUCAGCAUAUACGAGCCAGAAGGAGUGAAGAUCUUCAGGAUGCCAUCUCCAAUCUUCUUUGCUAACAUUGAGUUCUUCAGGAACAAGCUGGUGGAAGCUGUCGGGUUUAACCCAUUACGGGUGUUGAGAAAGAGAAAUAAAGCAGUGAGGAUGAUACGGAAACUUCUGAAGAAGGGCAAGUUGCAGUGGACAUCUGUGAGUAUCUGA